AUAACCGUUCGCAUGUGAUAACGGACGAUUGCAAAAUAUAAUUGUGUAAAAGUAAAAUUGUGAACGAAUAGUGUCUAUAAGGCUAAGGAGGACAUUUUUGUCAUGUUUUUUUUUUUUACUUUACAUUUAGCAUUCAAACAAGAGUGCUUGCUCAUAAUGCAGGAAAAAAAUUCUAACCCUAAUGAAUAACACGAAACCGACAUCCGGUUGUUCAGGGUGCAACUGUCACGGUCUAAUUCACUUGUUUAAUUUAUAUUAUAGGGACCUAAAAGGUUGUAAAUUUUCAUGGAUAUUAAUUGGGUUAAGAAUGAUGCAAUGAAAAGCGUAAAACGACGAAAAUAAUUUACAUUCUCAAAAGUUAAGUAACAAGAGCAAAAAUGGCAACAGCUGGCACCGGAACACAAAACCGCCUAUCUGCCAUACUUCUCAAUGUUGGGACACCAGUAGCCAGAACUUUAUUUGAAAAUCGUGUCAAAGAUCUCACCCCGCCUGGACAUGAUCCAUUCCCAUGGACUGUUGACGAGUUCCUUCUAGAAAAUAAGCCGAAAAUCAGAGCUAUGUUACGGAAUAAACAUUCACAGAUCUUACCUGAUAAUUUACAAUCGGUUAAAUUGGAAAACUGGGAUUUAGCUCAACUGUGCCGUAUUCUUCUGGAAUGCUGUGAACUUCAACCUGACAUUAAACAUUUCAUUCAGCAUCUACUAAAACUGCGUAACAAGUUAUUUCACAUGAGUGAACCUACUGCCGAUGACACCAAGUACAAUAAUUAUCUAUGUAAACUGAAAGCCAUAAUUUGUUCUUGCUUAAAAGAAAUAAACGAUGAGGUAUUCUCCGAAAAAAUCAAUAAAAUGGUUGCGGACCUGGAACAAGGAUAUUUUACUGGGGAAGUGAUGGAGCAGCUGAAAUCCAUGCACGUAGAAACCACUGAGACUCUGUCGGAAUUUAAACAAAACCAGCAGUUGAUGUUUUCAAAAUUUCAAGAACUUCUGCAAAAAAUGAAUGUGAUAGAAACUCGUUUAGACCCUUCGGACAAAAUACAGAUCCCUGAGUCGGGCGUUGAAAUCCAUGUAAAAAACUGUACCAUCGAAAAAGAAAAUGAAAUCUCAAAUCACCUGGUACAAUACUUCGAAGAAUGCAUUAUGGAAGAGGACGAGUUUCAAGAUAUGUCAACUAGCUGUCAGCAAAAGAUCAAAGAAGCCGUGCAAAGAGCAUGCAAACUUUUUUUGUCCAACGGUUAUAAACCCGUGAAAGCAGAAAAAAGAUGCAUUUUCAUUCGUUUUCAGUUUACAUCACUAAAAUCGCUGAUAUCUUUUUUCCGGGAAUAUGUGAGUGGAGAAUUAACAGUAAUGCUACAGGAUGUUCAGACCGCAGUUCGAAUGGAAACCGAGUGUGAAGAUGUCACAUUAGAAGUUAUCAUGGAUACAGAAGACAUUUUAGCUACAUUUAAUGAAAUUGUGGAGGCAGUUUCGGGUGUUUUGCAAAGCUGGAACAUUGCAGCCAAUAAAGGAACUCUUUACACCGAAAAGUAUGCAGAGGCCAAGAUUCGCGGGGUGCAUCUGGUCCAAAGAAUGUCUGAAGAUUCAAGUGAGAUUACAAAUGGUGUACGGUAUCCUUUCGAAAACUAUUCUGCUGAACAUAUGCAACACCUUAAAGGGUCAUUUGAAAGUGGAGAAAUGGAUACUGUCAUGCAAAAUAUACAGGAAGCCGUUGCCGAUGAAUUCAAGACACCAAGUAUACGCAUUUCAGCGCACCUCUUUGAAGAACGCAAACCUCCACACGCUGAUACUGCUAAGAGAUUGCGGACAUCAGUUGGAUCUAACAAAAAUGUGGAAAAACGGAAAUCCCAUGACGCACACACUCCUAGAAAACAUUGUUUACGCGAUGUUAUUUUGGUGCUUUCAUGGCUGUGUUUGAGCAUCGUCCUUGCUAUACUUAUUUCACACAUUUCACGCAGAGCUGACAUAAUGACUUGGGGAUAUACAAAAGUUCUUGACAAGAGUCCAUCAACAGAGACACAGGAAGUGUCUGUUGACAAAGACCAGCAUACGAUCGCCACUGUUGAAAUAUACAGGGCCCAGAGGAAGAUUGCUUAUUAUUUCGAGCUGACAUAUCUACAGCUUGCUGAUCACCCGGAACAAGCAAAAGCAGUCCGCCUUAUGGCACACUCGGCUCGUACCCAGCAUCUGAUGACGUCGGGGUUGAUGAAGAAGUUCGCGAUGACGUCAGCCCAUAUUGUCGAUACCAUGAUACCUCAGCUAAGCGAUGCUGUAUGCGAACUCAAGAGUGAAGCAGUUGUAAUGGACAUAUUUGGUCAGAUAAUCAAAAUAGCAGAGGAAAUGAAAACAGAAACGGAAUCGGUUUUCCAACGGUAAAGUCAAUACUA